AUGAUGGGCCCACUGUCCUCUGACAGCGUACAUGCCGUGAGCUACACGAACAUUGGUGACGGAGGGCAAGAUCCGUCAGGCCGAAUGCAAGAGUUUGCUGCCGCGGCCAGAAUCGACUAUAAGCCCGCCAUGGCCUUUGCGGGCCUGUCGUCGAAGCAGCCCGAGACUUGGUGUCUUUCCCCCGGAUCCAUCUCGGUCAAGACAGCCAAAGCCAAAGCCGCCUUUAUGCCCUCAUACUCCCCCCAGCCGAGAGCGCAUGGCACCAUGGCCCCGGGUCAGGCGGCGGCUGCAGGGCAGGAAGCCUGGCCGCUAACGCCCCUGGGCUCCGGUUCCGACGGACUCGAUCUCAGCUACUGCCUCCAGGACGCCCCCGCUGCGCUGGACGACAUCAAGGCCGGCUACUUUGCCCCAGCGUCUCCCGGCGGGUGGUGCGCCCCCGGACCCAUGCUGUAUCCAGCAAGACCCGCGACAGCCGAGAUGGCCGUGACGGCGGCGGGGGCCAAGAUGACGAGCUGCCACCCUCACACGGCGCCCGACGAGGCCCGGUCGUCGUCAGCCCCGGCCCCAGCCCCGGCCCCGGCCCCGGCCCCGGCUCCGGCUGCGGCUGCACCUCUCGCCGCCUUUGCGCCCAUUUCCGCGGCGGAUCUCAUCCUGGACUGCUUGGACGAGUUUCACCUGCCCCUGGGGCCCUCGGGGGCGCCCUCGCCGGGCCAGCUGUGGCCGGCGGACCUGUUCGCAGGGCCGGAGGCGAGCGGCACGAGCCCCGUCGCCCGGUCGGUGGCGUCCCUGACGGACUCGCCUCCGGCGUCGGCGGGCGGCAGCACGCCGGGCGACGCGCCGUCCGCGGCGCAGCCACCCCCUCCCGACGCGCAGUCGGCCCCCUGCUCGGCGUCUCCGCCCUCGGACACGAACGAAGCCGAAGCCGCGUGCGGCGGGGAGAGAUCCGACGAGCCGUACGCCAAGCUGAUCUACAAGGCGUUUAUGAGCCGUCCCGACCACUCCAUGACGCUGCAGGAGAUAUACCAGUGGUUCCGAGAAAACACCAGCAAGGCAGUCACCGAGACUGGAGGCUGGCAGAACAGCAUCCGCCACAACCUGAGCAUGAACGCCGCUUUCACAAAGCGGGACAAGGCCAGCUCGACUUCGCCCCGGUCCCUGUCCAGCGGCGACGACUCCAAGCGUGUCAACGAGUGGGUGCUGGAGGACUGGGCCAUCCGCAACGGCGUGCAGAGCACCACGCGGUACCGGAAGACCAACUACGCCAGGCGCGGAGGCCCUGGUCGAGUCGCCGUCAGCCCGUGGACGGUUGAGCACUCGGCCAAAAGAGCACUAUCGGGCCGCAAGGGCGGAUGUGCGACCAGGAACUCGCGGCAGCGGAAACGCACGUACUGCCAAGUGAUACCACUGGAGCACACCGAGCACAAUGCCCAACAUGAGCAUCAGCAGCAGCAGCAGCAGCAGCAACAUCAGCAGCAACAUGAACAUGAACAUCAACAGCACCAGCACCAGCACCAGCAGCACCAGCACCAGCACCAGCAACACCACGACGUCCUCGACAGCUGCGGCGGCGGCAGGCAGUCGUGCUCGCCGUCCGCCGCAGAGCUCUACGAGUACGCCGCCCGCCACGAGGGAGCCAUCCCCCCCGGCAUCAGCACCCGCUUCGACGCGGCGCCCUGCUUCGCCUCGCCCCUGGGGGCGGCCGGCGACUACGGCCUCGAGGCGAGCUUGGGCGCGGGCAUGCCGCGCCCCCCCCACGAGCGGGAGGAGCACCUCCUGGCCAGCGGCAGCCACCUGCACCAGCAGCACCAGCAGCGCCUCCUCGCCCAGCAUCAUCAUCAUCAUCAUCAUGUGGUUGCUUGCGACGAGCCGCCCAUUGGCGGGCCGUACGCGAGGCUGCCCUCUGCGCAUGUCCCAGCAGGGGCGGCGGCGGGCUUCGCCGACCCCCAGCGGCCCGGUGCUUGCCGAGCGUUCCCAGACGCCAACGCCUGCGCGGCGUCCCCUCCUGCACCGACGUCGCCGCCUCGCCCGCCGUUUCAUCAUCAUCAUCAAGAUCUGCUGGAUCCGUACGUAUGGUGGAGCCACCACAGCCAGUGCCUGUAA